AUGACAAGCGUACACCUCGCACCGCCCUCGGGCACAUCAUCAAAGCUGAGUACGUCGCCUUCUUCGUCGACGCCAAUCCAGCAGGCGUCCACAUCAUCAUCUUCCCAUUCGCAUCACCACCACCACCAUCACCACUCGUCCUCAGCGUCGAUACCCACCGCUUCGCUCGUCGAACCACCGGCGCUCUUCGCCUCGGUAGCACCGCAGAUCUACCGCUCGGCUACACCAACGCCCUCCAAUCAUACCUUUCUGCGCACGCUCCAACUGCGCACGAUCCUCUCGCUGACCGCCGAGCUGCCCUCGCCGAGUCUCACCGCAUUCUGCCGCAAGCACGGUAUCCGAUUCCUUCACUUUGGUCUCAAGCGAUGGGGCUCCGAAGACCUUCUCUCGCUCAACACCACUGACGACUCGGAACCAGCACUCGACCUCUCCUUCCUACACACCACCCAGCCAACCUCCUUCCUCACCCCCUCGCCUACACACCAUCAGUCAUCCCCAACACUCACGGAAGAGCUCGUCAAAGACAGCCUGCAAAUCCUCCUCACUUCGUCCUACCAUCCAGUGCUGGUAACGGACACAUCAGGUAUCCACGAGAUCGGUGUGCUCCUAGGGUGUCUCCGGAAGCUGCAGAGGUGGAACUUUGCAACGAUCCUCCUGGAGUACAGGCAUUUCGCAGGGAACAGGGCCAGAGCGACCAACGAAAGGUUCGUCGAGAUGUUCGAUACGGAUCUGGUGGUCUUUCCGGAGGAUGGGCUGCCAGAGUGGUUCAGGGAGCAGAUCGAGGAGGAUGAUCGGGAGUUGGAGCGGCUCGAGGGGAGCUGUGGGUGA